GUCCGCUCCAGUCUCCGUAGCAGUGGGCGGGGACCUGAUAGGUCACGUGAUGUAAACAGUCCGUUUCUAUGACAUAGCUGUGUACGUUCUCGCUCCGUUUACCACGUCUGCCCUGUGUAUUCCCGCUCUGUGAUCCGCAUGCAUAGUCGCGGUCUGUAAAGAAGCCGCCAUUAAUAAUCACUCCCCUCCGGGUGACUGUGCCGGGAUUCCCCUCCCUCCUUUGCCCCGAUCCGCCUAUGACGACGUCAUACAGGCAGGUGUCGGACGGAAACGUGGUGAGAGGACCAAGAUGGCGACUCCCUAUGUGACCGAUGAGUCCGGGAAGUACAUAGCAGCUACCCAGCGUCCUGAUGGCACUUGGCGGAAGCAGAGAAAAGUGAAGGAGGGAUACGUGCCUCAAGAAGAAGUUCCUGUCUAUGAAAACAAGUAUGUCAAGUUUUUUAAAAGCAAACCCUCGCUUCCGCCCGGACUUAGCCACACCGACCCUCCCGCUAACAAAACUCAACAGUCUACCAAACCAGAGACCGAAACCGCUUUGUCUAAAACAGCCAAAAGGAAUAUGAAGCGCAAAGAGAAAAGGAAGCAAGACAAAGGAGAGCGAGAGGUGGUGGAGGAAACCAGGCAGAACAUGGAGAAGAUAAGUAUUUCAGAAUCCGAGGUGCAAAAGGACAAAGCGGAUACUGAAAACGCUGCAGCCGAGAAGGCCAAGAAAAUUAAGAACCUGCGCAAGAAGCUUCGACAGGUGGAGGACCUACAGCAGAAAUUAGACUCUGGAGAGAUUAAGCAGCCUUCCAAAGAGCAGGUAGAAAAGCUGGCAAGGAGGAAAGCAUUAGAGGAAGAGAUAGAGGACCUGGAGCUGGACUUAUAGAUGAUAAGGCCUCCAUCGUGGGCCAGACUGCCAGGGGACAUACUAGGCGUUUUAUGGUUUGUUUGUUAUCUCUUUCCCAUUCAGUCCAUUGUAGUUUCCCAGGGAAAGAUCUUUCUGUUUUCCCGAAGGACAUUAAAUAUUGGGGAUCUAAUUUCCAGCUCAUUGGCACUUAGGCGAGAAGAACGAUACCGCCAAAGCAGCCACAAGUUUAAACGGCCAUCAUGUUUCGGUAUCUGAAGGUCACGUAGAGUUCCAUAUUGCAAUUGAGAAGAACUCGCUUCAUGCCCAUCCACGUUUUUGUUUUUUACUGACAAAAGAUUAGUCUCUAGAUAUGUCAAAUGGAUUGAACGAAUGGCGAACAUUGUACAAAAUUAAAGCAAUAAUUCCUACUUGAUGGAUUUCUUCUAGAUCACAAUGUAUCCUUUACCUCAGUGUUUUCCAAAGAGUGUGCCUCCAGCUGUUGCAAAACUACAAAUCCCAGCAUGCCCGGACAGCCAGCGGCUGUCCGGGCAUGCUGGGAGUUGUAGUUGUGCAACAGCUGGAGGCACCCUGUUUGGAAAGCACUGCUUUACCUCCUUAGCAUACAUUUGAUACAUAGUGACUGGUGGAGAAGAUGUUUUUCGGGGGGAGAAAAAAACUAUAUACAAAAAAGAUUCGCAUAGUUGGCUAAAAAAAGCAGGAUACAUAGAAAGGAUAUAUGCAUUAGCAAUAAUGGACGUUUCAUGGUAUAUGGGGGUACACAUACACUUUUGUUUUUUUUUUUUCCUUUUUUUUUUUUUUCUUUUUACAUUUUAACAUAUUUGUGGGUUUUGAAUUUUGUUGUUGUUGAACAGGGGAAUGUAUUAGUUAAAGGGUGAUCACUUAAUAUUCAGCUUUUAUAACAGAGCGUGUGGCCUGCCACCUAAUUCAAAUUUUAGGGCACUGUCGAGGGCUGGGUUCGGCUAUUUUCGGCAGUAGAUUUUCAUUUGAGUGGCAGGCUCAAACGCAGCAUUAUUCAAACUUCAACAAGCCGCAUCCUUGCGGCUGGAGGAUUGUAGCCCCCCCUGUUCUGGGAAAUAGUGAGGGGUCCCAGCAGUCAGACCCCACCACCGAACUAGUAUUUAUCACCUACUAAGUAAAUGGGUAUUAAUUGCUUCCAACCAGAAGAGCCCUUUUGAAUGUUUAAAGAAGAACUCUAGCAAAAAAUAACGGGGAUAAGUAGCUGAUCACUGGGACCCCCCAUGAUCGAUGGGACCCCGGAGCCUGUGUUGUCUACCGGUAGACUGCACGUUUAUUUCUAUGGGAGCACCGGUGAUUCCCGAGUGUAGUCAGGUCUUUUAGGAACUCCCAUAGAAAUGAAUGGAGCGUGUGUCGUCCUCACUAAGUGCCAGGUCCCGUUCUGGAGAUCAUGGGGGUUUGACAGCUGGGACCCCCCCGAUCAGCUGCUUAUCCCCUAUACUGUGGAUAAUUUUUGCUGGAGUUCUUCUUUAAGCAACAGAUGACAGAGGUUCCUUCCAUGAAGCUACAAGAGCCUAUAUGUCAAGUUGCUCUGGUUAAUAUGUCUACUCUCAUACUACAAGGUGUUUUGAACCCACACAGUUAUUUCGUUGUAUUUUUAGCUUUAAAAAUGCACCAAGAACCCAGAAUUCUUUUUUACUGUAACAUGCAUUUUCUGGCGUUUUUUUGUUGCCUUAUUUUUUAAAAUCGCACAGAAAUAUUGGCAAAAGGAGGCGCAACACAGCAGCAAGAAACCCUGCAUAUUUUUAACAUGCCGCUCUGCACAAAUGCAGUUGUGAUCAGGGUCUAUGGCGAGGAAGCGGAUUGUUAUGGGAAAGUCAUGUUUUAUGACAGGACGUCACUUUUUUUUGCUCUUUGUUUUAAGUGAUUAUGUUUAAUAAAGUUACAACCAGGUGACGUAUAACUGUAUACAGUAUGUGUACCAUGUCGGCAAUUUAGGAUCAUCUAUUGUGUCUUUUUGUUAUGUGUGGACAUAUUUAGUAUCUUCUGUGUCAUAUUCAUAUACUCUGGUCCCCUCCUUUUUUGUGUUGGGGCGACUUACCAUGGCAUUUAUUUGACAUGUAUUGUACUGUUUGUUACUAUUGUUGUAUUAUUAUUAUUUUUCUUUUUUUUAUAAAAUAGAAGGUGUAAUAAACAUGUUGCACUAGAAAUUUUUUAUUGUGUUC